AAAAUAAAAAUAAACCAAAAUCGAAUUCGAUCAAAACUCUUCACCGCACACACUAUUUUCGUAGUUCACCGCAAUCUCGCCGUCUCCGCUAUACAAGCACCGGAAGCAGGCGGCGAUUUCCCAUCACCGCCAGACUCAUACUUCCCACCCACCUUCUUCUUCCGUCAACAACAUAUAAUACGACAGAUUAUUAAACGUAGCAGCACAAACACCGUACCCUCAGCUAUCAAGUUUCCGGCAACAAUCCCUCCGACUCACCACCCCCUUCAACCUAUAGCCGCCAAUGGAAUCUCCCUAUUAAUCUGAUUUGUCUCGACAGUAUUUUUAGGGUUUCAUUAUUCAUUACAAAGUAAGCUUGGAGUGAAUAAUCUAGUGAGGUUCUUCGUGGGUUUUUGUAAAGCUGCACUUUUUCUUCUUUAAACAAAAGGGUAUUAGUAUUUGGUACCAAAUUCACAAUGCCUGAGGUUAGGAUCAUUGCUAAGAAUUUCAUGGACAUGGUGGCUUCAAUGCCUGCAAUGAAGCUUGAUAAACUCUAUGAGAAUGCAUUCAUAUGUGAAGCUAUUCUCAGGUCUCUCCCGCCUCUUGCAAAGAAAUAUGUGUUACAGCUCCUGCAUAUUGAUGGGCCAGUGUCGGCUAAAUUAUUGGCGGAAUGGGUGCUUCCAGAUGGACUUUCAAAGCACAAAGUUGCCAUUGAUAGAUUGGUUCAAUUGAGAGUUUUUGUUGAAGCUCUUGACAGGAAGAACGAAAAAACUUACAAAGUCAAUUCAACAUAUCAGAGAAGUCUCCAAAAUCUUUUAGUACACGGUGGAACUUUACCGAGGGAAUCGAUGCCUUCUAAUAUUACUGUGAGGCUCCUAACCUUAGAGGAACUUGAGACUUAUGCUCUGACACAAUGGGAGCGUUUCUUGUUGCAACUUAUAAGCCCAAGUCAAGUUGACAAGAACUUAAAUAUAAGCUCUUCUCUGAUGAAAGUUUUCCAGCGGCGUCUCCUGAGUCAAAGAGACAGAGAAGCUCCAAAAUUAACUGAAAGUGGUUUCCAGUUUUUGCUGAUGGAUACAAAUGCACAACUUUGGUACAUCAUCAGAGAAUAUAUCUCUAAUUCUGAGGAGAGAGGUGUCGAUGCAGGUGACUUGAUCUCAUUCAUGCUGGAGCUUAGUUUUCAUGUCAUUGGGGAGGCCUAUAAUACAGACACAUUGACCGAUUUCCAGAGAAACAUAAUUAAGGAUCUAGCAGACCUUGGACUGGUCAAACUUCAACAGGGCAGGAAAGAAAGUUGGUUUAUACCAACAAAAUUGGCAACAAAUCUUUCAGUGAGCAUGACCGAAUCAUCAUCAAGAAAGGAGGGAUUUGUUGUUGUUGAAACAAACUUUAGAGUUUAUGCUUACUCAACUUCAAAAUUACAUUGUGAGAUAUUGCGGUUAUUCUCAAGAGUAGAGUAUCAACUUCCAAAUCUUAUUGUUGGAGCUAUUACAAAAGAAAGCUUGUAUAACGCUUUUGAAAAUGGCAUUACAGCAGACCAGAUAGUCAGUUUCUUUCGGCAGAAUGCUCACCCUCGUGUUGCACAGAGGAUACCAGCUGUGCCUGAAAAUGUGACAGAUCAGAUUAGAUUGUGGGAAUCAGAUCUAAACAGAGUUGAGAUGACAGAUGCUUAUUAUUAUGACGAGUUCCCAUCCAGGGAUGUAUUUGAAGGUGCAUGUGACUGCGCCAGAGAAUGGAAUGGUUUAUUAUGGGAAGAUUCAAAGAAGAUGCAUUUGGUGGUCAAGUCUGAGGUUCAUCCUUACGUUCGGGAUUUUUUACGCCGCCAAAAGUAGUAAGAAAGCCACACAAUCCGAUGCAUCUUAUGGUUGGGCCAAUAUGCAAUGGAAACUAAGAUGGAGGCAGCCACAAUCACUCUUUUUCUUGUUUCAUAUAUUUUGUUCCUUUUUGAAGAAGGGUUUUUUUUUUUUUUUUUUUCAUGGGAUCGAACCGCGGUCCUCCCUACCAAGUUCAGCGCCAAUCACCACUGAACCAACUAACGAUUGAUUUUUGAAGAAGGGUUUUAUUGUUGUUGUGAAAUUAUUCAUAUUUAUUACAUAAUUAAAUGAAUAUUACAACAUUAUGGGAGAAGUAUUACAAAAGCUUAACAUUUUAUCAAAUUGUUUAAUUAAAUAAUUAUACAUAUCAGUAAAGAUUUACUUGUUCCUUA